AUGGAUAAGUACGACGACCUGGGUCUGGAAGCCAGCAAGUUCAUCGAAGACCUCAACAUGUACGAGGCCUCCAAGGACGGUCUCUUUCGGGUGGACAAAGCUGCCGGCAACAACCCCGAGUUUGAGGAGACCAGGCGGGUCUUCGCCACCAAAAUGGCCAAGAUCCACCUCCAGCAGCAGCAGCAGCAGCAGAGGUCCUCCUCCUUCUCGCACGCCCGGACCCCCCCAGCACCCUCGGCGGGGACGGAGGACGGGGUGCCGGGGGCCCUGCCGCAGCAGAGAUCCUCCUCCUUCUCGGCCCCCUCGGUGCAGCCUGCCCGGGGGUUUUCGGGCCCUGCUGAUGCCUGUGGUCCCAGGGCCGGAGGGGACAGCAGCCAGCUGUGGUACCAGGGCGUCCCGCUGUCCUUCCCCACCAGCUCUGCGCCCACCACCCCGAGCGUGGACUACCAGCAUGCUGCCGCCUACCCUGGCCCAGCCGGCCACUUCAUGGCCCACGGUCAAAACCACCGGCCCAAUGGCAGUGGCACGAACCCCGAACCAGGCUCCUCACACCUGGCCUCGCGCGGGCCGACAGCCCCGGAUGCUCCACAGCCGCCUUUCCCGGAGGGUGUGAGUGGCCCGCGGUCAGAUGCCGGGCACCCGGAGGGCACCAGCGUGGCGAAGGUGAAGCUGCCCUGCCAGACCCUCCUUCCGCAGCCGGAGCAAGGGCCGUCGGCGGCCGAGCUGAAGCUGGAGGCACUGACCCAGCGCCUGGAGCAGGAGAUGGAUGCUCGGCCGAAGGCUGAUUACUUCGGCACCUGCGUGAAGUGCAGCAAGGGGGUGUAUGGAGCAAACCAGGCUUGCCAGGCCAUGGGCAACCUCUACCACGACGGCUGCUUCACCUGCGGAGCCUGCAGUCGAAAGCUGAGAGGAAAAGCCUUUUAUUUUGUCAAUGGCAAGGUGUUCUGUGAAGAAGAUUUCCUGUAUUCUGGUUUCCAGCAGUCAGCUGACAGGUGUUUCAUUUGUGGUCAUUUGAUAAUGGACAUGAUCCUGCAGGCUCUAGGGAAAUCAUAUCAUCCAGGCUGCUUCCGAUGCGUGGUCUGUAACGAGUGUCUGGAUGGUGUGCCAUUCACUGUAGACUCUGAAAACAAAAUCUACUGUGUCAGAGAUUACCACAAAGUUUUAGCUCCAAAGUGUGCAGCAUGCGGCCUUCCCAUUCUGCCCUCCGAGGGGUCUGAUGAGACCAUUCGGGUUGUGUCCAUGGACAAGGAUUACCACGUGGAAUGUUAUCACUGCGAGGACUGUGGGAUGGAACUGAACGACGAAGACGGGCAUCGCUGCUACCCGCUAGAUGAACAUUUGCUUUGUCACUCCUGUCAUCUGAAACACAUAGAGAACGGCACUACGCCAGCAGCUGUGUACCAGCACCACUACUAGCCAGCAUGGCCGACAUGGGAAAGCCCGGACAGAAGACUUGUUAUGUGAUCUCCCUCUCCCCACCCUCAGUUGAUUUCGUGUGCAUGUUUCUCACCAGUCGGCAAUGUUCCUGUAAAAGGCUAUGAGAGAUUUUUGCUGGAUUCACAGAGUCUGUAUACUUGUGAGUUCCAGCUGUAUCAAACUAUGUCUACUUGUCCAAGAAUGUGGCAUGUUAUUUAAACUGGUCAGUUUACUUUUACGUGCCUUUUUCUGCUCUCUGGAGAUUUCUCUUGGCUCAUUUUGGAAGAUUCUUCAGUGAAAGCACAACUUGCUGUCGUGCCUAUGAACUCAGAUUGUGCCACGCACAAUUAAAAAGCCAGAGGCUGGCUUUCCCCCCACCCCGCCAGUCUACUAAGUGUUUCCUGACAAGCACAUUUCAUCAGAUUCCCUGAAGGACAUCAACGUAUUAAUACCUGUUUUUAGACACACUCUCUCUCUUUUUAUUAAUUCUUUAGGAAAAGAAA